AAAAUGGAAGAAGCCAAAAGGCAAAGUUUGGAGGAAGACUCUGAAGGACAGGCCACACACACAGGACCCAAAGGAGUAAUAAAUGAUUGGAGAAAGUUUAAAUUGGAGAGUGAAGAUAGUAAUUCAUUCCCACCCAGCAAGAAGGAGAUUCUCAGACAAAUGUCUUCUCCUCAGAGUAGAGAUGACAAAGAUUCAAAAGAAAGAUUCAGCAGAAAGAUGAGCGUUCAAGAAUAUGAGCUAAUCCACAGAGAAAAAGAAGAUGAAAAUUGCCUUCGUAAAUACCGUAGGCAGUGUAUGCAGGAUAUGCACCAGAAGCUGAGUUUCGGGCCUAGAUAUGGGUUUGUCUAUGAGCUGGAAUCUGGGGAGCAAUUCCUGGAAACCAUUGAAAAGGAGCAGAAAAUAAUCACAAUCAUUGUUCACAUUUAUGAAGAUGGUAUUAAGGGCUGUGAUGCUCUAAACAGUAGCUUAAUAUGCCUUGCAGCCGAAUACCCUACAGUCAAGUUUUGUAAAAUAAAAGCUUCUAAUACAGGUGCUGGGGACCGCUUUUCCUCAGAUGUACUCCCCACACUGCUCGUCUACAAAGGUGGGGAACUCAUAAGCAAUUUCAUUAGUGUUGCUGAACAGUUUGCCGAAGAAUUUUUUACUGGGGAUGUGGAAUCUUUCCUGAAUGAAUAUGGGUUAUUACCUGAAACAGAAAUGCAUGUCCUAGAGCAGAGCAACAUGGAAGAAGAUAUGGAAUAA